AACGACCCAAUCAUGAGUAAAAAUCAGAGUAGAGAGAUAAUCCGGACUAACAUAUUCGCAACUUGCUCCUUUUUCUAGGUGCUUUGAACAAUUAACAAAAAUAAGUCUCGAUCUUCGGCCCGGUGAGAGACAGAUACUGAGAGAAACGGAGGGGCCGGGGGUGUAUUAACGACGUCGUGGAACGGCAGGGACGAGGAUGAGCGACGGAAGUGGCAGCAGUCGCCGCAGUAGCAGAGGGGAAAGCGUCGUGGAAGACUGGGGGAGGUCUAAAGGCCGCUGCGGCUAUUGCCAAUCCCCCUGUUGCACCAGCAUCUCUCACGGUUUAUGCGCAGAUAGCCUUACAGUUGAUGACUACCAAGAUCUUCUUGACCGGGGUUGGAGACGCUCUGGCUCUUACCUGUACCAACCUGAGAUGGAAAGGACAUGCUGCCCUUCUUAUACUAUUCGGCUGAGGGCAGCUGAUUUUAUUCCUUCUAAGGAGCAACUUCGAGUGUCUAGACGAAUGCAAAGGUUUUUAGAUGGCACUUUGGAUAUUAAGAAACCAGUCGAGCUCAUGGAGGAUACCUCCAAGGAUACAUGCAGCUGUGCUGGUAAUGAAGUUUCAAGCUUGUCCACAAAGGAAUCCUUGUCUAGUAACAAUGGAAAGAAGAACGAAGCGGACCAAUUUUUAAAUUAUUUGUCAGACCAAAUUGACAAUGCGGUAUUCAUAUUCAAGGAAAGUUGGAAAUUUCUCUGCGAUAUUCAAUUACCAAAAGCUUCUGUCAAAAAGGUUUCAAAAGACAAAAGGAAGCUACUAGUUGAAGGAUCAGAAGAUCUCCUGUUCUCCAGCAAUAUUGCAUUUCAAAUAGCGGCUGCGAUAAGGCGGCGGGCACAAUCAUUUGAUAACCAUGAGUUAACGCUACCAGGACAUUCUGCCGAAGAAAAUAAGUUUUCUCCAAAAGUUAUUGCAGAUAAAUUGUCGAGCUCUUUAUAUCAGCUGGCAGAAACUUCUGGUCUGUUAAUCAAGGCUUGCAAUGGACACAUAAAUUUUUAUUCUUCUACCGAGCAAUCAUUAUCGGAUGGAAGUGUUCAACAAGUUCAUACAGUUUUAAAUGAAUCUGCAGCAGGUUGUGUAAGUAAAAAGGGCUGUUCGAAGAAGAGCUCUGAACAACCUCAGGGGAAAAAGCGGAGGCUUGAGAUCCAUAUGAAAAGGUCCAGUUUUGAUCCAGAAGAAUUUGCUUUAUAUAGACAAUAUCAAACGAAAGUGCAUAAUGAUUCACCAGAUCAUGUGACUGAAAGCUUAUAUCGAAGAUUUUUGGUCGACACUCCAUUAGUAUUUGUUCCACCAACUGGCGAUGGCACCGUUCCUCAUUGUGGCUUUGGUUCUUUUCAUCAGCAAUAUGUGAUUGAUGGCAGACUAGUUGCAGUUGGUGUAAUAGAUAUCCUUCCUAGAUGUUUGUCAAGUACAUACUUGUUCUGGGACCCAGACUUUGCCUUCCUGUCGCCAGGAAAAUACUCAGCCCUGCAAGAAAUAGGAUGGGUGAGAGAGAAUCAAGUCCAUUGUCCUAGUCUUCAGUAUUACUAUCUUGGCUAUUAUAUUCAUUCGUGCAGCAAGAUGAGAUAUAAAGCAGCAUAUCAUCCAUCUGAGCUUCUCUGUCAUCUUCGUUACCAGUGGAUUCCUUUUGAUAUUGCAAGGCCUUUGCUUGAUAGAAAGCCAUAUGUAGUCUUAUCAGAUUUUGCCACUUCACAAAAUGGGGAGUCAUCACCAUCUCAAGUUUGUGAAAAUGUCGUGGAAGUGCAACAUGACGGCAUUUGCCAAGACUCGAAUGAUCUUUGUAUGGAAGAGGAUGGAGAAAUGAUUGAUCCUAAAUGUGAAAGCUCUGAUGAUGAAUCAGGCCCAGAAAGCAGCGAUAUUGUUUUUACUGAAAGAGACGACAGUGGCAUCAGUAAUAUAUUAAUUGGGUGGGAGAGAUCUCGUUUGAGAUACAAGGAUCUACGAGUUUUUGGUCGCACUGAGACGAGAGAUUUGGAAUCCCGGUUGCAUAGGUACAUGAGGGUCGUGGGUGCAGAGCUAUCCGAGCGAAUGGUUUAUUCACUUUGAUGACUCGAUUUUUUCCGGAAGGCAAUCAGAGAGAGAUUAUGUUCAGCUCAAGAAAACCGCCAUUGUUAGAGCAAAAGCUGAAACCGAGAACAAAGUGAUUGAGUUUUAAGGAACUGCCAAUGGAGCUGAACAAAGCUGAGAAGGUAGAGAGAAAAAAUUAAACCGAGUCCUUGAAUUGUGUUGUCUUGGAAUGGUUUGAAGAAAAAAUUUGGAAAGUACAACAUUUCUCUUCAAAUGCAUAACACACAAAUAACCCGAUUUUUUUAAAGGAGUAACCAUUGACAAAGAGUCAUUCAUCCCUAUCUCAGUUUUUGAAGACCUAUUGGACUCAACUAUAAACUCACCAUUUGACAUAUUGGUGACAUAGAUCCAAUAGAAGGCAUCUUCUAUUGUGCGGACAUGUCUUCAAGAGGUAGCUCAAUCGGCUUGGAUCACACUUAAUAAAGUGGAGGCUACUAGUUCGAAUCCCUCUCCCCCUUCUUGUUCGGACAUGUCAAAAAAAAAAAAAAAAAAUAGAAGGCAUUUUCUCGUUAGAUGUGUAAAUGACGUCAUAUAAUAAUUUAUGAGG